CUUCUCCAUCCUCUGACCCUCUUUCACUACACAAACCAACCAACCCAAGCAUGGAGGAAGUCACCGAAAACGAGGUCAUCCAAAUGGAGGAUAGCCAAAUCGUUGCGCCUGCCACCUCGACCCUCAUCGAAACCGACGACAAAAGUGCCAUCACAGCCCACAGCUCUGAACCCAAUCUCCAGGAAUCAGCCGUUUUACCCGCCAUCACUGCCCCGGCCGAGGUCGUCACUGGCCCAUUUGACGACGAGGAUGUCACAUUCCACAAGGCAUUGAGAAAUUCAAUCUCGACAGAGACACCAAAGCAGCUGUCAGUGCAGGGAACUCUCCCAGAUUGGCUCACAGGAUUUCAUUACACAUUGAGUCCUGGCGUCUUUGAGGUUAAGUAUCCCAAGAUGGUCGUUGUCAAUGGAGAAACCGAGCAGGAGACCAGGACAUUCAGUUUCGGCCAUUGGUUCGACAACAUCCCUCAGGUCAACCAGUUCGCGAUCUCAGGAUCAGACAACACCAUCACAUACCGUUCCACCAAGCCCGCCCAUCGUGCCGAGACCAAGAUUCGUGAGCAUCAAGGAUACCUCCCCAACCAGCCCUCGAGCAUUUUCCGAACAGAUACGAACCAAAGUGUAUUUGCCAGGCUCUUGUCCACAAGUCAGACACAGGGAAAGCCUAGUCUGGAGCCCUGCGGCGCCUCCAUUGAUGUGAUGCCGCCCUUCAAUGCGGACGGUCGGCGUACAAUCUACUGUCAGAACUAUGCUAACCACGUUCUGGAACUGAACGCGGACACACUGGAAAAGUGCGGGAUUCUCGCUUGGGAGGAAGUCAACUCUCAGUUUAAGGGAUCUCACGCCUCGCCCCACUGCCAUUUUGACCCGGUGACGAAGGAAUUGAUCAACUUCACAAUGGAGCAUGGAUUUCACAGCACACAGUAUCAUUUCUUUUCAAUCACGGAGAAGGAGCCCCAUGGCUCGUUGAUUGCCUCAAUCACAGCCAAGGCCAGCCACGUCCACUCCUUUGCAGUUACGCCCCGGUACAUUGUUCUAGUCGUCAGUCCUUUGAACGCCUCCGAUGGUGGUGUCAAGUAUUCUUGGGGCACUUCGAUCUUGGAUGCAUUUACCUUCAAGCGUACAGAAUCGACCUAUUUUUAUGUGAUUUCGCGCGUUAAGCGUAGACAUAUCGCAACCUUCAAGUCCGACUCCUUUUUCUUCUUCCAUCACGUCAACGCAUUCGAGGACGAUGCAGAUAACGUGUACCUAGAUUUUACCAUGUACCCAGACGACACGAUCGCCCACCAACUCGGACUCUCAUCCCUCUUUGAUCGAUCUUCGCCUCCACUACCAAAACCCGAAUUCUGUCGGUUUGAGCUGGCGAAUGUGCAGACGGAGGCGCAGCGGCUUGAGAACUACCAGGCCGUGAUGGCGACGACAGGACCUGUGGACAAAUUGCGCGGCUUCAUGCGCCGCGUGAGCAUCAACCAGGGCAGCAGCGCCAAUUAUUCAGUCCCGGAAAAGAACUCGAAUGUGACACCGGUCGCGACUCGCAUCCGCAGCACAGUAGGAGUUGAGCUGCCGAGGAUUAAUCCAAUCUACCAUGGGCUGGAUUACAAGUACACGUGGGGCAUUGGAUUGUCGGAGAAGGGCGACGGCGAUAUGUACGAUUGUAUCAUGAAGCUGCAUGUCAAGGGCGAUGCUGAGCCCACCAUCUGGAGCCAGAAAAACUGCUACCCAAGUGAAGCGGUGUUUGUUCCACCACCGGUGUUUGACCAGAACGAGGACGCAGGCGUGGUGAUUUCUGUAGUCUACGACGCCGAGGCCAACCAAUCGUUCCUGUUGGUUCUGGAUGCGAAGGAUUUGACAGAAAAGGCACGGGCAGUUCUUCCCCAGAUUGUCCCACUUUCGUUCACGAACGGUUGCUUCGCCUCCGGCGAUAUCAAUCGAGGCAUGCAGGAGGCCCAGGCACCAGGCACUAUCAGCGACGAUGAGCAGGACGACGACUGAAGAGCUUACCUGUUUUGUUUGGAAAAAUACUGUUUCUCAUACCCCCUCCCCCUCACUAAAGCUUUGUAAAAUGCAUUUCAUACCAUACCAUGUCAUGUCAUACAUAUGAUAAAAAAAAUAAAUCGAUA